AUGGCUUACUCGGAAUUAGCAGGUUCGACCUAUGGUAAGGACAAUGUCAAAUUUUUAAAAGUUAAAAAGGACAAACAAAAUCCAAAAAAGCAAGAUGUAAUGGAAGCUACUGUAAUGGUUUUAUUGAAAGGUGAUUUUGACGUGUCUUACACCAAAGCUGAUAAUGCCCCAAUUGUGCCCACUGAUACGGUAAAAAAUACCAUUCUACUGUUUGCUAAACAAUACGACACCUGGCCAACUGAAAAGUUUGCUGCUAAACUGGCACUACAUUUCACUUCAAAGUACGAUCAUGUGUCUGGUGUAACGAUCAAAAUUUACGAAGAUCGGUGGGUUAAGUAUGAUGUUGAUGGUAAGCCAAGUUUGCAUUCAUUUGUUCAUCAAGGUCCAGAAAAGAAGGUAACGUUCUUGGACUAUGAUAAAAAGCAUGGACCAUCCAAGUAUUUCUUGAGCAGUACUAUUAAGGAUUUGACUGUUUUGAAAUCGACAAACUCGAUGUUUUACGGUUAUAACAAGUGUGAAUACACAACAUUGAAACCAGUCACGGAUCGUAUUCUAUCAACUGAUAUCUUUGCAUGCUGGGAGUGGAAUUGCUCGAAAUUAGGUUGCUUGAUAUCAAUUUCUGAAGGUAAAAAAGAUGAAAUUUUUAAUUCAGUUUACACAAAGGCUCGUGAUAUUACACUUGAUAUUUUUGCAAAAGAAAAUUCACCAUCUGUUCAGGCAACAAUGUUUAACAUGGCCACUGAAAUUUUGAAAGUUGCUCCAGCAGUUAAUUAUGUCACUUAUGAGCUGCCAAAUAAGCAUUAUUUCCUAUUCGAUUUCAAAUGGUUCAAAGGCCUUGAAAAUGAUAACGAAUUGUUCUAUCCAUCACCACAUCCAAACGGUUUGAUCAAAUGUAAAGUUGGUCGCAACAGCUCUAAGUUAUGA